AGGUUUAGCAAGGGUUUAAGGCGGCCCCUCUCUUCAAUCUUCCAUCACUCACCUCCUUCACACCACCACUUUCUUUCAGAUCCUCUUCAUCUUUCUGUACAUACUCACAAACCCAUUCAUAUAUCCACAAAUCUUGCAUAAAUAUCUCCACUUUAUCAUGUGGAGAAGCGUCUUUAACCGAGCUUCAAUCAAAAACCUAAAAGGGUUUGCUGACAAAUCUUGUUUUAAACACACCCAAUUUCGUCCAAAUCUUGCAAAAUCCACACAAUUUGAGCUGACCCACAACCGAAAUUAUUCAAAUUUCGAAAAGGGUAUUCGUCAAAUCAGAGUUCUUGAUAAUCCCAAUUUGAAAAAUUUAGGGGUUUGUUAUAAUUUCUCAUAUUUAUCAUCACAUGGGUUUAUUAAGGGUUUUGCUAGUUCAGCUGCCGCAGAGGAGAUUGUGUCAACAGAAGAAGAAGACAGUGAUGAAAUCCGUGAAAUGGUUGGUCAAUUAGAUAAGGAGAUCAAGGCGAUUGAUCACCGAAAACAGCCGAAACUGGUUAACGGAAUGGGGCAGGGGAAGUACAUUGCGCUGCGAAGACGACAGACUAAGGUCGAAACGGAGGCGUGGGAGGCUGCAGCGAAAGAGUAUCAGGAGCUUUUAGUGGAUAUGUGUGAGCAGAAGCUUGCACCUAAUUUGCCUUAUGUGAAGUCAUUGUUUUUAGGUUGGUUUGAACCGUUGAAGAAUGCGAUUUCGGCCGAGCAGGAUUUGUGUAGGGAAGGGAGGAACAGAGGGGCGUAUGCGCCGCAGUUUGAUCAGUUGCCUGCGGAUAUGAUGAGUAUUAUUACUAUGCAUAAGUUGAUGGGUCUGUUGAUGACUGGUGGUGGUCAAGGUGGGGCCCGAGUCGUGCAGGCCGCUGUCCAUAUUGGUGAAGCCAUCGAGCACGAGGCAAGGAUACAUAGAUUUAUGGAGAAAUCUAAGAGAAAGACUACAUUAAACGAAAGCCCUGAUGACGAUUCAGAAACGGUGAAUAACGAGCAACAGAUGCAGAAAUUAAGGAAAAAGGUUAAUGUUUUAGUGAAAAAGAAUAAGCUGCAGCAAGUAAGACAUAUUGUGAAACAACAAGACGAUUUGAAGCCAUGGGGACAGGAUGCGCAAGUUAAGGUUGGUUCUCGUUUGAUCCAGUUGUUAAUUGAGACAGCUUAUAUACAACCUCCUGUUGACCAAUUUGAAGAUUGUCCUCCUGAUGUUCGGCCUGCAUUUUUACACACUUUAAAAACCGUGGAAACACCGAGAGGUAGCAGACGAUACGGAGUUAUCGAGUGUGAUCCUCUCGUUCGACGAGGACUCGAGAAAAGCGCUAUGCACAUGGUGAUUCCGUACAUGCCGAUGCUGCUCCCUCCAGUAAACUGGACCGGUUACAAUAGAGGAGCUUACUUAUUUCUACCAUCGUAUAUUAUGCGCACACAUGGAGCAAAACAACAACGUGAUGUUGUUAAACGCACUCCGAAGAAGCAACUAGAAUCUGUUUUUAAGGCACUUAAUACACUUGGUGCUACAAAAUGGAGGGUGAAUAGAAAAGUCCUGGAUGUUGUUGACCGAAUUUGGGCUAGUGGAGGCCGUAUAGCUGAUUUAGUUGACCGUGAUGAUGUUCCAACACCUGAAGAACCGGAUACGGAUGAUGAAACCGAAUUGAAAAAAUGGAAAUGGAAAGUUAAAUCCAUAAAGAAGGAAAACCGAGAAAGACAUUCACAACGAUGUGAUAUUGAACUAAAACUCGCUGUUGCUAGGAAAAUGAAAAAUGAGGAAGGUUUUUACUACCCGCACAAUCUCGAUUUCCGUGGGCGUGCAUACCCAAUGCACCCGUAUUUAAAUCAUUUAGGGUCCGAUUUAUGUCGGGGUGUUCUUGAGUUUGCCGAGGGGCGACCACUUGGCGAGUCGGGAUUAAAAUGGCUUAAAAUACAUUUGGCAAAUGUUUACGGUGGUGGUGUGGAUAAAUUAUCACACGAGGGCCGAAUGUCAUUUACGGAAAAACAUUUGGAUGAUAUAUUUGAUUCUUCAGACCGGCCCCUUGAAGGAAAAAGAUGGUGGCUACGAGCAGAGGACCCGUUUCAAUGUUUGGCUACAUGCAUUAAUCUCUCUGAAGCGUUAAGAAGCUCGUCUCCCGAGACUACCAUAUCACACAUGCCUGUUCACCAGGAUGGUUCGUGUAACGGCUUACAGCAUUACGCUGCACUUGGAAGGGACAAGCUAGGAGCAGCAGCUGUUAAUCUCGUUCAAGGAGAAAAGCCGGCUGAUGUGUACUCCGGGAUUGCUGCCAGAGUGAUUGAGAUCAUGAGGAGAGACGCAGAGGGAGACCCAACAACCGAUCAAAACGCUAAGCACGCACGAUUGUUAGUUGACCAGGUGGACAGGAAGUUGGUUAAGCAAACCGUGAUGACAUCAGUGUACGGUGUCACAUAUAUCGGUGCACGCGACCAAAUCAAAAGGAGGUUAAAGGAACGUUGUGCCAUUGAAGAUGAUGCUGAAUUGUUCGCUGCCGCUUGUUAUGCUGCAAAAAUCACGUUGACUGCUUUGGGUGAGAUGUUUGAAGCUGCAAGAAGUAUUAUGAGUUGGCUCGGUGAUUGUGCAAGGGUUAUAGCGAUGAAAAACCAUUCCGUACAAUGGGUGACGCCUCUUGGACUUCCUGUUGUACAGCCGUACCGCAAAUUAGGAAGGCACCUUAUAAAGACGUCUCUUCAAGUUUUAACACUGCAAAGAGAAACCGAUAAGGUGAUGGUUAAGCGGCAAAGAACGGCUUUUCCGCCUAAUUUUGUCCACUCUCUUGAUGGGUCCCACAUGAUGAUGACAGCCAUCGCUUGUAAAGAAGCCGGUUUAAGUUUUGCAGGGGUGCAUGAUUCAUUUUGGACACACGCGUGUGAUGUUGACCAGAUGAACCAUAUCCUUAGAGAAAAGUUCGUUGAACUUUACGAAGCACCAAUCCUAGAAAAUUUGUUGGAGAGUUUUCAGAAGUCAUUCCCGAAUUUAGAAUUUCCUCCGUUGCCGGAGAGGGGUGAUUUUGACCUAAAAGAGGUUUUGAAGUCCCCAUAUUUCUUCAACUAAGACUAACCACGUUCUUCGUGGCUGCCACUUGGUUUUACGAUGGGCUUUGUGGCGGCUUGUGGGGUGCACAGGAAAGCUCACAAUUGCAUGACCUUUUGGAGCCAUCGGUCUGAAGCAUAUCCAUGCACACCUUUGUAAAUUUGCUGACAUGAUGUGCGUUUUAAGCGGAACAAAUGAAGGUUAUGCUCCCCAACUGCUGCCCCGUACUCGCUGAAGAUAAAGUGCGACUGACGAGUAGAUCGAAAGGUUAUUUUGGUGUUUGUUGAUGUUAACUAAUUUAUAAGCGCAUUUUAGUUAUUCGGGACUCUAGUUUUAGGUCUUUUUUGGUCAUGGUCACAUUGUUAAAGUGGCAUGAUCUAAUAAGGAGAUAGGAAGAUAUAGAAAAACUGAUGCUUGAAGCAUAUGAUUGGUUGUACUGUAAGAGACUGAUUUAAUAACACAAUACUUUAUUUUGCUC